GUCCCCUUCGGGGUGACAUACGAAAAAAUUGGAACGAUACAGAGAAGAUUAGCAUGGCCCCUGCACAAGGAUGACACGCUUUCCCGGAGUGGUAGAUCUACGGAUCUCAAUAUUUAUUUUAUUCAUUCCAGUAGUAAAUCUACAUUAAUGCAAUUUUCUACAUGGACAAUCACCCUUACGAGGAGGGCAUUUGUUCGGCAGACCCUCUGGCAGGUCGAAAAGGACUGA